UAUACUUUAUCUGUGGGUCAACAUGGCUACGCGUGUUGUGUCAUUGCGAUAAAAUUUACGUUUUUCUUUGUUUAUUUUAAGUUAAUCAGCCGUUUUAGUUUAUUUCUGUGUUGAAAUAUACCUUGACUAAUGUUUUGUGUUUGUGAAUUUACUUUUUGAAUAUGGGUACAAGCACGAUGGGUAGCGAUCUACACUCAGAUAAGCAGGACAAGUUAUUGAAAUUGCAAGCUAGAAAGAAAGAAUUAGAGCAGCUUUUAGCCACAAAGAACGAGGAAUUGUAUAAACUAUGUGUUCAAGAAGUUCAACUAACAGGAAUUAUGCCACCCGAGGCGCCCUUGAGCCCCGAAGUGCCGAGAGAAAGACUAAACAGCGUACGUAGUACUGAUAGAUCAACUGAUGGCAAUGACGUCCAAGACGGCUCAGAUAAUACUUCCAGACGUCUCCGAACGGCUCCAGGAGAGCGUUUACACGAUUCAGAUCAGAAUCUACGCCAAAACCACACGCACAGACUUUCUACGCCAUCGAUAUCUGGUAUGUCGACGAAAAGUGCACACCCAAGACAUAUACGGCGUCCAGAGACUAGCUGUUCUAAUUUCUUUCCGUCCCCGCCUCAGGAAAGGAAUCCAGAGACUUUUUCAAUGCACACUUCUCACACCUAUCCAGCAUUAGCAGGAAGGCAUGAACCAGUGACUGAGAACAUGCACAAUGAUGUGAAUCAGCCUCCCGGGUACAGGCACCACACUAUGACCACUGAGUAUAUGAAUAAAAUUUACUAUAACAAUGCUCCCGAGGCUCACAAUGUUACACGUCUACGGGAGACACAUUUCAGCUCAAGCCAUCCUGAUAUUACUACCCACUACACUCACUACGCAGCUGCUCCACAGCCAAUUGCACAACAGAAUGGUAUGAGAAAUAAUGCUCUCUUAUAUCAGUAUGCAUCUCAUCUGAAGGCCCAGAGUCAACAUUUGGCAGCUCUUCCUCAUCACCACCAAAUGCAAGUUCAAUCUAAAAGAAGACCUGAAGGUAGCCGGAGGAAUACAUUGCAGCGCACGCAGACCUACCAUUUAACAUCCCAUAGCGAUUACAAUCAACACUUAGAGAAUAUCAUGGACGCCCACAGGCCCCCCUUGCCAAUGUACCAGCACCGAUCUCAGCCAGACAUUCAAGAGCAGCCUACUGAUAGAAUGCAUGUGCCUACAGAAAGGCCUGCUGUUCCUAAUACCUUGCCUUUGCGUGAACGAAAUGCCAGACCCAUGCAUGUGCCCCUACAAGUAUCCACAGAUGAAUAUAUCCAUGAAAGAAGAGGUUAUCCUGAUGCACUGAGCCCUGUCAGCCAGUUAUCAGGAUAUUCUCAAGGAAAUUUUGACUCGGUCAGUAUGAAUAAAUUUUCACCUUUAUCUCAAGAUUCUAAAGUCCGAGAGAAGCAGUGGUAUGAGACCUCCCUGGACUCUCCAACAAAAGCUGAGGCACCUUUAUUGAAGAAGAGUUCCAGCCUCAAAAGGACUUCAAGUAUAGGUAAUUCUCAAACUUAUGAGAUAAUGAUUUCCACUGGCCGCCAUUCAGCUAUGCAGAGCCCUAACCAGUCUCACAGUCCCUCCGUGCUAUCACCCACCUCUUCUACCUUAGAAUCUCCCAAGAACUUAACAGUCAUUGAGCAAGGUAAAUGCAUACCAUACAGGGAGGAGACAAAGCCUUUUGAAAUGUCAGACUUUUAUAAAUACUCAACUAAGUUCCGUCAAGCCGGGCCUCCGAAGACUCAGCCGGCACCAAUGCACUCAGGGUACAAUAAGUUACCUAUGGAGUUACCGCAGUAUGCUCAGGGCCAUUGGCAGGGACAAAGCAACUAAAGACAAGUUUUCUUUUAACCCAGUCAAGGAGAUCAGGGCCUUACCAUGAUGUCCUUAUUGCGAUUCUGUUUAGGACAAGCUAAACUGAAUUGCUGAGGGAUGGAGUUAUGCAACUUACUUAUAUAGCUCUAUCCUUUAGCAAUUCAGUUUAGGUCCUAAACAUAAUCACAAUAAGGACACCAUGAUAAGGCCUCAAGCUCAAGGCAUGGAUCAUCAGCACAAGCUGAUAUAUUUCUCAAUUUCACUGUGCUGUAACAACUUUAUGGGCAACUUGAACUUCUCCCUUAUAAUACUUACAGCUUGCAUUAUUUAUUUUAGUUAUUAAUUUUGGAUAUAUGUUACACUAUCUUGUCAUAUAAAUUACUUUAAAUCUAUUCAAUUUUAAUUAAUUAAUUUUAGAAUAGAAUGUGUUCACUCAGUGGGAGUUAAUUUUAGUUAAUUAGUGUACUUAUAGAUCAGUAAAGCUAAGCUAUGCCAAUAGGUAAAUGAUUCAGAUCUCUGUAAAUAACUGCUAUACUUAACAUUUUAAACCUAUUUUUUUAUGAAAAAUGUUCCAUGUAAUGACUAUGUGGCAUUCCAUGCCUAAAGGGCCCUUAUGCUCCAUGUGCAUGUACAAUAAGGACCCUUCUCUGAUGGAAAGCCACCUAUUAAAAAUGAGAUGUACCUGCAAUUUUUUAAACCAUUUAGUCCUUCAUUUAAACCAUACCACAUCACAAUUUCCUGAUUAUAAUUUUCAAAUAAGAAUUACUGAAACAUUAAACAUUUAGAAACUGCAGUCAUUAUAUACUUUUUAUUGUACAUUCGCCAUCAGAUAUAUCGCAGCUGCCGACGUGCUCACAAACAUCUGAACAGGCCUCUAUUGUCAAGGCGUUAGAGUGCGUGUUCAGAUAUUUUUGAGCACCUCGGCCGCUCCGAUAUAUCUGAUGGCGACUGUACAUUUAGGCCUAAAGAAAAGAACACUAUGUUCAUGAAUGUUAAAACGAGACUGAAACAUUAUGUACAAAGUAUUAGCAUUUUAUUUUUAUCAGUCUAAAUGAUAUUGACAGAGGGGACUGUGAUAGCAAUUUGAAUUGUUUGAUAAUGACAAUAAAAUCAAUCAGAUAAUGGACUAUCAUAUUGUAUUUGUAUUUAUUUUGUCACAAUUUUAUUACGAAAGUCAUUGCAAUCAUGAAAAUAUGACAUAAUCUUUGUAGUAAUAUAAUGUAGUAAAUUGUUGAUAAAUUUGAUAAAAUAAUAUGCUUUAUCUCAGCCUAUCAUAUUUUCGCCACUGUUUGUGGUUUUGUAUUAAUUAUAAUAUGUAUAAAGUGCAAUGUUAAAGCCCACCGCUUACAAUUUUUUUUUAAAUUGCCUUAACUAGUGAUAAACUGACUAAUCAAUAUAAUUAUCAAUUAUCCAAGGGAUUUCAUUUACUGUAUUGAUUUUUACAUUAAUGUUAAGCUACAGCAGCGCCUACAGCUACAUAAACAGCUUCUAGAACAAGUUAGCUACUGUACUGCUAUACAUGUAUAAUUAAUUAUUUUAACAUAAAAAAGUGGAAAUGGGGUUGGCAACUGUCAAGUUUGUAUAGAUGGCCUUAUACGUUUUACUUGUGUCUAGGCCAUAAAAUUCCCAACAAAACAAUACUUUGACACUAUUUUGUAGAAUUGACAGGUAAAACCUACGCUGGCGCCAUCUGUAACACACUUCGACCGGCCAACCCCAUUGAACUAAGAUGACAGCUGUCAUAAUAUGCACAAUGCUUCAUUGAAAAUACAACGUUGGUAUUUAACACGUCUUAGUAUUCCUGUUUUCAUGUUAUUUUGAAAAAAGAAAUGGGAGUUGGGUGUUGCUCAUUGCCAUUUCACAUUACAGUACCAUCGCCCGCAUUGUUAGCUGUCAAUCGGUGGAUUAAGCCUUUUGUAAUAAGGUCCACCGAUUUAAAUUAGGAGUGUGGCUGUUUAUUUGUACUCUUUGAGUCUUUGUAUUUGUAGUCCAAACUCACAACUUGCUAAACUAAGGGCGCUAAGCACGAAGAAUUUCGUACAUUGACCCGUCUAUCCUAUCUCUAUUGCACGCGCGUCAAACUGAUUAUAUUGUUGUCCCGCCGAGGAUGCUGGCGGUCGAUGUCACUGUGCGAGCUGGCCAGUAAUAUAAUUAUGCGAGUGCAAUAGAGAUAGGAACAGCGGGCCAAUGUACGAAGUUCUUGGUGCUUAGCGUCCUUACUUUAUAAGUAUCAUUGUGAUCAUCUAACCAGUAUGUUUUUAUUGUGUACUCUUUGCCUUUAUAGCUUCAAUAAUGAAAGUAAUACUCACUGUCUCGUUCUGAUGAGACAUUAUCAUUAUUUGUACCUUUGUACAAACUUUUAUUUAUUAUGGACUAUUUUUACUUAUCUUAAAAUCUUCUAGUACCUCUUGCUUUAUUACUGAAACAUGUUUCCAGGUGGAAAUGUUUAUGGCACCCAUGUUUUAUUAUAGUACUAAUUAUGAAUCGCAGUAAAAAGUCCUUCCGUGACAACCUACUGUUUUUCUCAUUACGUUUUUUACAGUUACACUAAUAUAAUAGGUAAAAAACAUGUUAGAAAAAAUAUAAUUUUGAUUAAAAAGAUAUAUUAUAACUAAACGUGGCCUUUGUGAAACUUGCCAAGCAAAUUAACCUUAAAAAAUAAUGACCAAUCAAAAUAAACAUUAAUUUUAAAGGAUAUUUUAGAUGUAUCAUAUAGAAAAUAAAUAUUGUAGCAAUCAAAUUGCAAAAUAUGCUGCAAGAUUAUGAAGAUUUUAAAUAUUUUUAUACGUUGUUUAUGUAUAAAAUGUGCUGAGGCACGAAAGUAUGUGUAACUAAUAAAUUUUGAUAAUAAUUU